CUACACAACUGUACCUAUUCUCUGUACCCUCUACCCCUAAUAAUCCCCUCAAACACCACCCACCAUGAUCUCUUCUUUGAGAUCUCUUCUAUAUCUUGCCGUCGUUCUUGUCAUAUUAGCAUGUAUCGAAGCGGCGGCACCCACCCAGAUCGGCAAUGGCUACCGCCUCAUCUCCGUCGACAAAACCUCCGACGGUGCACUCAUCGGCCACCUCCAAGUCAACCGGAAAAACAACAUCUACGGCCCUGAUAUCCCUCUCUUGCAUUUAUACGUCAAGCACGAAACAAACGACCGUUUACGAGUCCACAUCACCGACGCACAACACCAAAGAUGGGAAGUACCAUACAACCUUUUACCAAGACAACAACCUCCGACACCAUCAAAACAAACAACUCAAACCUCAAUCACAUCAACAGAAUUCGCCGGAAACGAAUUAAUAUUCACCUACACUCCAAACCCAUUUUCAUUCUCCAUAACCCGUAAAUCCAACGGUGAAACCCUCUUCAACUCCACCCCAGACGGAUCCAAUACAUACACAUCACUAGUCUUCAAAGAUCAGUACCUGGAGAUCUCAACACAAUUGCCUAAAACGGCGUCGUUGUAUGGGCUGGGUGAGAACACACAGCCACAUGGGAUAAAACUGUACCCGAAUGAUCCGUACACGUUGUGGACGACGGAUCAGUCGGCGAUUAACUUGAAUAUGGAUUUGUAUGGGUCGCAUCCGGUGUAUAUGGAUGUGAGGAACGUCGGUGGUGAGGCGAAUGUUCAUGGGGUGUUGUUGUUGAAUAGUGAUGGGAUGGAUGUUGUGUAUAGAGGGACGUCUUUAACGUAUAAGGUGAUUGGGGGUGUUUUUGACUUUUACUUCUUUGCUGGACCGUCUCCUCUUGCUGUUGUUGAUCAGUAUACUCAGCUUGUUGGUCGACCUGCUCCUAUGCCCUACUGGUCACUCGGUUUCCACCAAUGCAGAUGGGGAUACCAUAAUCUUUCAGUAGUCGAAGAUGUUGUGGAAAAUUAUAAAAAAGCAGAAAUUCCACUUGACGUCAUUUGGAACGAUGAUGAUCACAUGGACGGUCACAAAGAUUUCACUCUUAAUUCCAAAAAUUACCCUCAUCCAAAAUUGAUUAACUUUUUAAACAAGAUACAUUCUCGUGGCAUGAAGUACAUUGUCAUUAUUGACCCUGGAAUUGGAGUAAAUUCCAGUUAUGGUACUUACCAACGCGGGCUCGCUAACGACGUCUUCAUCAAAUACGAAGGUAAACCGUAUCUAGCCCAAGUCUGGCCCGGGCCCGUUAACUUCCCGGAUUUCCUCAACCCGAAAACUGUCACGUGGUGGGUUGAUGAAAUCCGGAGGUUUCAUGAGCUCGUGCCAGUGGACGGGCUAUGGAUUGACAUGAACGAGGCUUCGAAUUUUUGUUCGGGCUUGUGCUCGAUUCCUAAAGGGAAGCAGUGCCCGAGUGGUACCGGGCCCGGAUGGAUUUGUUGUUUGGAAUGCAAAAACAUAACGAAAACAAGAUGGGAUGAACCGCCUUACAAGAUUAAUGCGUCGGGGACGCAAGUUCCAAUCGGGUAUAAAACUAUCGCGACUAGCGCAGUUCACUAUAACGGGGUUCGGGAGUACGAUGCCCAUAGCAUAUACGGGUUUUCGCAAACGAUUGCUACACACAAAGGCCUUCAAGGUCUUCAAGGCAAACGCCCGUUUAUCUUGACCCGAUCCACGUUUGUUGGAUCGGGCCAUUACGCAGCCCAUUGGACCGGAGACAACAAGGGGACGUGGGACGAUCUUAAAUACUCAAUCUCCACCAUGUUAAAUUUCGGUAUCUUCGGUAUCCCUAUGGUCGGGUCGGACAUAUGCGGGUUUUACCCCGCCCCAACCGAAGAGCUAUGCAACCGUUGGAUCGAAUUGGGUGCGUUUUACCCGUUUUCGCGUGACCACGCGAAUUACUAUUCACCAAGACAAGAACUUUACCAAUGGAAAUCCGUCGCAAAAUCGGCUAAAAACGCGUUAGGUAUGCGGUACAAGCUACUUCCCUACUUGUACACGUUAACCUACGAGGCGCACACCACCGGUGCACCAAUAGCCCGACCCGUCUUCUUUUCGUUCCCAAACAUCGCCAAACUAUAUGAAUUGAGCACACAAUUUCUCCUCGGAAGUAGUCUAAUGGUAUCACCCGUUCUCGACAAACACCAAACCAAAAUCAGCGUGAUGUUCCCUCCCGGAACAUGGUACAAUUUGUUUGAUUUAAGCCGAGUAGUCGUUGCAAAAGAGACCGAAUCUUUCUCAAUGGAUGCCCCAUUACACGUUAUCAAUGUGCAUUUGUACCAAAACACUAUUCUCCCCAUGCAAAGGGGAGGAUUGAUAUCAAAAGAAGCAAAAACGACACCGUUUACUUUAAUUGUAACAUUUCCAGCGGGGGCCACGGAAGGCGAAGCGAAGGGGAAACUUUAUAUCGAUAACGACGAGCUUCCGGAGAUGCAACUAGGAAACGGGCAAUCGUCAUAUGUCGAGUUUAGCGCAAAGGCUGAAAAUGGGCUUGUGAAGGUGUGGUCAAAUGUUGAGGAGGGUAAGUUUGCUAUUGAGAAAGGGUUGGUUAUUGAGAAAGUUACGGUUCUUGGGUUGACUGGCGUUCGCGGUGGGGUUGCGGUGGAGGUUGAGGGUGGUGCCGGUGGUGACGUGUUGACGGUGGAGUUGGUUGAAACGGAUCAUUUGUUUUUUGAUGAGAUGAAAGUUGGUAAAGGUAGUAAGAAGAGUAAGAUGGUUGAAGUUAAGGGGUUGGAAAUACCGGUCGGUAAAAAGUUUAUGAUGACGUGGAAAAUGGCGAUUGUUUAGUGGUUUAUUUUGAACCAACAAUUUGAAAGUUGGAUUAAUUAUGUGUUAAAUUUUCUAUGUUGUUGAAGUUGAGUCAAACGUUUAUUGGCUAUUAAGUUAAUAAACCAUUGAAUGUAAUGUAGUUUUGGCUUUUUAUGGUAUGUUGAAGGAUUAAAAUUAACUAUGAAAAGAAUCUAUUGAUGUUGUUGAAGAUUA